CCUUAUUUUUUGUUUGUUUGUUUUGCAACCCCAAAUUUACUUUUGAUUAGCAGUCAAAUUCUAAGUUUCUCUGGGAGAAAUAAAAUCUGAAGAGGAAAACCAAGAGUUACACGUGUUCCGAUGUGUUUGGGAAAUCUGUGCUGAGGUUUAUUUGAGCAUGGAAUGGAAUUCAGAACUCUGGGAAAGAAAGCCAGUCUCCAGAGAGCUGAUGUCACACAGUUGUGUCCCAGACUAGGGAGAUGUAAGAGCUAACAAUGGCUGUCCGUUCCAGCAGGCCACACUUCUGAAAGUAUGUCUAGGUCUUUUGACCUCCGAACAAUAAUCAUGAUCACCAUUGGUGGUGGGAUCCUGGCAGGCAUGUUUCUACUGAUAGGAGUUGUCCUCUGUCUUUACACCAAAAUAGCCAAGGCACUGAAUUCAACUAGCACUGUAGACUGGAGAACCCACAGAGGAUGCCUUGGGGAUGAGCUGUCUCCUACUCAGACAGAAACUUCAAAGGAAGCAGGUGCUGUAAGCGAUACUGAUCCAAGCAAUCCGGGCAAGGUCACCUUUGACAAGAUCAUCCAGUCCAAACCCAUCGCAGCAGAGUCUUGUCCCACCUUCCAGUGCUGUGAUGACUACAGCAUGUACGCAGAUAUUGGCACCCUGCCGCCUUGCUUUUGUAGCAUAAGUGAAGGACUCUGACACGGCAGUGGUGGAUAAAAAGAAAUCUUCAUGAUCAGUAUUUCAAUUUCUUAAUAGAAUAUUUUCUUAUUCGAGCCAAUUUCUAUAGUGUUGAUGUCAUUGUGUACUAUCUAACAUGAUAUUUGUGUACUUUUGUAUAAAUGUACAAUAAUGAAAACA